AUGCUCCAGACACAUGGAGCCCAACCUUCCACUCAGUAUCAGGGGAUGCCUUCUCAUAGUGGUCUUUACCAGCCCUCUAGCAGUGGCUCCCCUCCACCUAGCAUUACACUGCCUCGCAUGGGCAUUCAGCAGCAGCAGAACCAGCAGCAAUCUGCACAACAAGUCACCAUCCAGGUGCAAGAGCCAUCAGACAUGACUGGAGCUUCGCGGGCUAUGCCAGUGAAUCCUUGUGCCAACCACAUGCAGAUGCAGCGAGCCUCGAUUAUGGCUUCUUUGAGCAGCUACACCCACAGACCAUUAUCUAAGCAGCUGAGUGCUGACAGUGCUGAGGUGCACAGUCUGAAUGUGGGUCGUUACUCUCCUUCAACAAAUUAUGACCAGACUCACCUGCACCCUCAUGUGUUUUCUGAUCAGCAACGGGGCUCCCCCCACAAGCUACACUACACAAGGAAGCGGGGGGUACACCCCAUCUGGUAGCACUGGUUAUCAUCAGGCCUUGAAAGUUCCUCAACUAGAACAGUACCCUUCAUUCCCACAAACCCCCCAACAGAACUACACUGCAUCUGCUCUGCAGCAGGCCUUGCUCUCACCCACACCUAGCACGUAUACAAGGCACCACCAGCAACUUCCGCACAUGCUUCAGGGUCUGUUGUCCCCACGGCACUCUCUGACUGGCCAUGCAGAUGCACGCCUGCCUCCUGCUGAUUUUAUGCAGCUUAUUAAACAACACCAGCAACAACAACAGGAGUUGAAUGAACUGUUCAACCAGCACCUGAGUCAAGGAGACACAGGCAACCUUUCCUUCCAGAGUCCCCCUGAAACUUAUCACAAUCUUCUUCAGAUCCGAGCACAAGAAUGUAUGCAUCAAGCAACGCCUACUCCUCCACCGCCCCGAUUCCACCCAUCUAUACUACAUUCAGAGAGCAUGGAGGAGGACUGUACUGGAGAAGGACAUAGGAUGGGUGAAGGGGAGACUGUCAGAGGAUUAAGCAAACCCCAUCAAGAGACUGGGCAUGGGGAUUCAGAAACUCUUCUAGGGACACUGGCGCUUAGAGAGCAUGAAUUGGGGACGCAACAGUAUCAGCCACAGAAUUCGUACAGUGGGACCAAGAUGACCAGCAGAGAACCAGGUGCUACGGUGAACUGCAUGGACAAAGUUUCUCCUCCUCAUGCCAUGGACGUUCCAGACCAUAAUGGUGUCCCUUACUCUCCCAGGUCGUCAGUUAGUGAGCAUGCUCGUUCCAGGAUGUUGCAACGGCACCACACCAUCCAAACUAGUGAUGAUGCCUAUGUGCAGCUGGACAAUUUGACUGGCAUGAGUUUAAUGGCGGGUAAGGCUCUAAGCUCUGCACGCAUGGCAGAUGCAGUUUUGAGUCAUUCUUCACUUAUGGGAAGUCAACAGCUCCAGGAUGGCGAGGAGAGUGAAGACUGUGAGAGAACUCCAGAGGAUACAGAUUUACCUGUUAUUGGAGACAAUGGACAACAUCUCUCCACCUCUUGUUACCCCACAACCAUGCUGCUGGGGUACAAGCACACCGAUAUGAACUUCAGUAUGGAGCAAGCCGGCGUGUGA